GUGUUGCGAGCAUCCUUGGUUCAUCCCGUCAUCACUACCGUGACGUAGGUCUCGGGAACUGUCCUUACAGUGGUGGUGCUGAACAAGAUGGCUGUGCGUCGGGGAGCGGAGAGCUGAGGUUGAAAUAUAACCCCCUAAAUUGAUCCAUACAUGAGAGGGAAAGCGCACGACAAAAGACUCUAAAGAUCAGAUUUUUUUUUACUGUCGCAAAACAGUGACGUAUAAUAGCUUCUAGUAGAAACGGAGCUGACUCCAUCCACCUAUUUAUACAGGCUAUAGAUACAGACAUCUACUCCGAAUUGAAAUAUCGGUGCCGGUGGAAGACAUCUGGGAGCGAUCAUAGCCAGAGCUAAGAGAUGUCAUUGCUGUGCGUUGGCGUGAAGAAAGCCAAACUCGAUGGACCCCAAGAGAAAUUUAACACCUACGUGACGCUGAAGGUGCAGAAUGUCAAGAGCACCACCAUCGCUGUGCGGGGCGCCCAGCCAUGCUGGGAGCAGGACUUCAUGUUUGAGAUCAACAGGCUGGACCUGGGGCUGACGGUGGAGGUGUGGAACAAAGGGUUAAUCUGGGACACCAUGGUGGGGACCUUGUGGAUCCCCCUGCAAAACAUCCGCCAGUCUAAUGAGGAUGGGCCGGGGCAGUGGCUGACCCUGGACUCCCAGGUCAUCAUGGCUGAGAAUGAGAUUACCGGCACCAAAGACCCCACCUUCCAUCGCGUGCUGCUGGACACCCGCUUUGAACUGCCAUUAGACAUUCCAGAGGAUGAGGCUCGAUACUGGGCCAAGAAACUGGAGCAACUCAAUGCCAUGAGGGACCAGGACUACACAUACCAGGAGGAGGAGGAGAGACCACUGCAAGCGCCAACAACACAGUGCUGUAACUGGAGUCUUUGGGGAGACCAGCAAAAUGAAGACCCAGACAGUGCGGUGGACGACAGAGACAGUGACUACCGCAGUGAGACCAGUAACAGCAUCCCCCCUCCCUUCUACACCACGUCUCAACCCAACGCCUCCAUGCACCAGUACCCCAUCCAGAGAGACCAGCGCUACUCCUCGCUAACCUCCUACAACGGCUCCAUCCAAGAGCUGGACUACGACAACCAGAGACCCAUGAGUCCUACAGGCAGCAGUCGCUAUGCCUCCUCUGGGGAGCUGAGUCGAGGCAGCUCCCAGCUCAGUGAGGAGUUUGGCCCUGAGAACGAGGGGAGUCUGAGAGGCUCUGUGGAGCUCUACGAUGAGAACGACUCUUACCACUCCUGCCACUCCUCUGUCAGCUACGACAAGGAAUCGGCUGGCUGGGACCCCGAUGAGCCCGAGGUGGUGUACAGUGACGAAGGGGGCUAUGUCAAAGAUGGCGGAGAGGAGGGGGCUAUUUACGAGGAGGAGGAGGUCGAGCUCUACGAGCCCGAGCAGGGAGAGGGGGAGUACAACUAUGAGGGAGAGGAGGAGAUAAUUUACGAAGAGGAAGAUCUCUACCCUCUGGACGGCACGCUCAGCGAGAACCAGGAGCCACCCUACACGGCCCCCACGCUGGCCCCCGAGGCCUCCAUCACCAGGCCCCCUCUGGAGAAACAAGCCUCUCUGAGAGAGCAGCAGCCCGAGCCCCCCACCCUGGCCCCCACCACCCAGGCCCAGACCAUGCCCCCUGUCCAGCCCCCUGUCACCACAGCCUCCACCAAGCCUCCAUUUACCCCCAUGAUCCAUCCAUCCCUCAUCCAGCCCCCGGUGCCCACAGCCCAGCCCCCUGCUCCAGAGACCCAGCCUCCAGUGUCUGAUGCCCUGGAUGAUAUCCUCCUAGACCUCCAAGAGGAAGAGCCUCUGUCUUUAGAGCAGGAGGUCCCUGUGGUGGAGAGUCCCCCAGCAGAAGUCCCAGCAGAGAAGAGUGAGACUCCUCUUGUCAGCUAUCAAAGGCCCAUCAUGGAGCCUGGGCCAGACAGGGCCAGGGCCAACUGGCAACGGCUCUGCAGCAAGGUCCGACUACAGCUGCAGCAGGCUCGAGGGGAGUCGGUUGGGAUUUGCUCCCUGUUGCUAUCAGCAGGCGUGGGUGGGGCGCUGUAUAGCAUUGACAGCAUGCCGGACCUCCGCAAGAGGAAAGCCAUGCCUCUGGUCAGAGACCUGGUCAGUUCCCUGGCUCAGAACUCCAGGAAGGCAGGGAUUACAUCAGCCAUGGCGUCCAGCACUCUCAAUAACGAGGAACUGAAGAGUCAUGUGUACAAGAAGACCCUACAGGCUCUGAUCUACCCCAUCUCCUGCACCACGCCCCAUAACUUUGAGGUGUGGACGGCCACCACGCCCACCUACUGCUACGAGUGUGAGGGGCUGCUGUGGGGCAUCGCCCGCCAGGGCAUGAGGUGCACCGAGUGUGGGGUCAAAUGUCACGAUAAGUGCCAGGACCUGCUCAACGCUGACUGCCUGCAAAGGGCAGCGGAGAAGAGUUCUAAGCAUGGGGCGGAGGACAGAACCCAGAACAUCAUCAUGGUUCUGAAGGACAGGAUGAAGAUCCGGGAGAGGAACAAGCCGGAGAUCUUUGAGCUGAUCCAGGAGGUGUUUGCCAUGGUCAAAGCCACUCACGUCACCUACAUGAAGCAGAUCAAACAGAGCGUGCUAGACGGCACCUCCAAGUGGUCGGCCAAGAUCAGCAUCACAGUGCUGUGUGCCCAGGGCCUUCAGGCCAAGGAUAAAACUGGCACGAGUGACCCUUAUGUCACGGUCCAGGUGGGCAAAACCAAGAAGAGGACCAAGACUAUCUACGGCAACCUCAACCCUGUCUGGGAGGAGAACUUCCACUUUGAGUGCCACAACUCCUCGGACCGGAUCAAGGUGCGGGUGUGGGACGAGGAUGAUGACAUCAAGUCUCGGGUGAAACAGAAGUUCAAGAGGGAGUCAGAUGACUUCCUGGGUCAGACCAUCAUUGAGGUCCGCACGCUGAGCGGAGAGAUGGACGUCUGGUACAACCUGGACAAGCGUACAGACAAGUCAGCCGUGUCUGGUGCCAUCAGGAUGCACAUCAAUGUGGAGAUCAAAGGAGAGGAAACAGUCGCUCCAUAUCAUGUCCAAUACACCUGUCUGCACGAGAACCUCUUCCACUUUGUCACAGAUGUGCAGAGCUCUGGCGUUGUGAAGAUUCCUGAUGCUAAAGGGGAUGACGCGUGGAAGGUGUACUUUGAUGAGACUCCUCAGGAGAUAGUGGAUGAGUUUGCCAUGCGCUACGGAGUGGAAUCCAUCUACCAGGCUAUGACUCACUUUGCCUGCCUGUCGUCUAAGUACAUGUGCCCGGGGGUUCCCGCGGUAAUGAGUACCCUGCUGGCCAACAUCAAUGCCUACUACGCCCACACCACCCAGGCCACAAACAAUGUGUCGGCCUCCGACCGCUUCGCCGCAUCCAACUUCGGGAAAGAACGAUUUGUGAAGCUCCUGGACCAACUCCACAACUCUCUGAGGAUUGACCUGUCCAUGUACCGGAAUAACUUCCCAGCCAGCAGUUCUGAGAGGCUGCAGGACCUCAAGUCUACUGUGGACCUGCUCACCAGCAUCACAUUCUUCAGGAUGAAGGUCCAGGAGCUACAGAGUCCCCCCAGAGCCAGUCAGGUUGUGAAGGACUGUGUCAAGGCCUGUCUCAACUCCACCUAUGAAUACAUCUUCAAUAACUGUCACGAGCUCUACAGCCGGGAGUACCAGACAGAUCCGGUAGGCUGUGUGUGCGCGUGUGUGUGUGUGUGCACGUGUGUGUGUGUGUGUGUCCAUCUCAUUAACACCUCAGGCUGGUCUCCAUCAAGCCUGUACAGGAUUUAGAUAGGAAUUUACAAGCCUUGUUUUUGCCUCAUUAAAGUGGCGCGAUUCAUUCAGACUCCUUUCAUGAAUUUCAAAAGCACAUUUUUCCUUUGAAUAAAACCUUCCAUCCUGAGGGUCCCAUAUUUUGUUGAAAUCUUUGCUAGAUAAUUCUUCAGUUUGAACCCCUGCGGUGGUAGGAAUACUUUUUUCUGACUGUCAGCUCUUUCCAAAGGACUAAACCGUGUACAUGUGGUUUGAUGGGUUCAUCAGCUCAUUAGAGUUGAGCGGUAGCAAUGAGAGAGAUAAUGGA